AUGUCGUCAAAUAAGAGCAACUUCUUCCACGACCUUGAUGGAUUGGACUACUCGAGCGACGAGGAGCAAAGCACAUCCGGGUUCUCUGGCUUCUUGAAGACAUCAAGUGCACCUGAGAUCUCGAAAAAUACCCUUCGUGCCUCUCAAUCGAGGAGAAACCAACCUACAAUCAAACCCUUUAGAGUCAUACCGGAAUCAAAGCAAAUCUUCAAAGGACUCAAGUUCUUCUUCGUGCCAAACAACAUUAUUGCACUUGCGCGGAAGCUACGAGUCCAGAGGUCACAGGAAUAUGGGGCUCUGUGGGCUCAAACUUGGUCUUCGGAUGUUACACAUGUCAUCGUGGACAAAGGACUCAACUUCGACGAGCUACGCAAAGUGCUCACCCCGGAACAGCUCUCUGGCGAAGUAGCGAUAGUCAAUCAAGAUUACCCUUCUGAUUGUCUCCAAUUCGGGCAGCUCCUAAGCGUUACACAAACUCGUUUUCGGGUGGAUGGUAUACCAACGAAAGCAACUCGUAGCCAGUCCACAAGCAAAACUGCUACAAAUCCGGAAUCUUCCCCCCGUAUAAAGGAUCCCCGACGGCGUGAUCGGCGCUCACCAACAGCUAGUCAAGACGAGGGCCUUUCUUUAGCUACACCAUCAACAGAUAAUACGAAAAACCCCACCGAUCCUACAAUAAACACCGUGGAUCAACCAGAAUCAAACCAUGAGAUUCUUGAUGAAAUGGUGCAAAAGGUCAAAUCGGUGAAUUAUUUGCCUCUUGAUGACCAUGAUGAUGAUGACGAUGUGCUUUAUUCUAUAUUACAAGAUCAGCCAGAAGCAGAAAAAGAUAAUGACCAGGAAAAUCAGUCCGACUUGAAUGUUCCGGAAUGGCAGAAGAACUUUACUUGUAUGCAAAAGCACGACGGGGCCGCAAAAUCCGAUAACCCAAACACGCGAACUAUAGAAAUAUUGCAAAAAAUGGCAGACUACUACAGCAAAACGGCCGAUAACUGGCGCACUGUGGCUUAUCGUAAGGCGAUUGCAACCCUGCGAAGACAAAAUAAAAAGAUCAGUACCAAGGCAGAAGCCCUUGCUAUCCCAGGCAUUGGGUGUCGUCUGGCAGAUAAAAUCGAGGAGAUCGUCUCCACCGACCGUCUACGGCGAUUGGAAAACACUGAUAUUACACCAGAAGACAAAGCAUUGCAGUUGUUUCUUGGUGUAUAUGGUGCAGGGUAUGCGCAAGCUACCAGAUGGGUUGCCAAAGGAUUCAGAUCUUUAGAAGACCUCAAGACCAAAGCAGAGCUAUCAGAGAAUCAGAAAAUUGGAGUGGAUCGAUAUUAUGACUUUCAAGAGCGCAUUCCACGGGAAGAGGUGGGUAUGCAUGGGAAGGUUGUGCGGGAUGCUGUCCAUGCAGUAGACUCAAAUAUGGAAGUUAUAGUAGCGGGUUCCUAUCGACGCGGAGCUGCAGAUUGCGGUGAUAUUGAUGUUCUGAUCACCAAACCCACUGGCACACUCGAAUCGAUCAGAAUUCUUAUGCUUGACUCCGUGAUUCCAAAACUCGUCCGACAGGGGUUUUUGAAAACCAGCUUGUCGGUGAGCUCGCAUGAUGAUGGUUCCAAGUGGCUCGGAGCUUCGGCCUUGCUUGGGAAAGAUGUAUGGCGCCGGAUUGAUCUUCUCUUUGUGCCAGGUGAGCAGAUUGGAGCAGCUUUGUUGUAUUUCACCGGCAACGAUAUCUUCAACCGUAGCAUGCGAUUGUUGGCUAGGAAGAAGGGAAUGCGCCUGAACCAGCGAGGACUAUUCAAGGAUGUUCUUCGGGGACCGAAUCAAGUCAGACUGACUGACGGCAGUCUCGUGGAGGGGCGAGACGAGAAGCAAAUCUUCCAGAUUCUAGGAGUACCCUGGCGGCCCCCAGAGCAUCGUAUAUGUUAA